AUGGCACCUUCAGAAAAGAGCUCCAAGGCCCCAGCAACGCCUCCCGAGACGGAGGGUCCCAAGGACACUGUGGCUCACUUUCUCUUCCGCUGGGCUCUGCUGAUCCUCGCACUGUCCGUGCUUUAUAAGACCUACCUCCAUAACACCGUUUCCCUGAUGUUCGGCCUUGGCAACACUGCUCUGCCGAUUGAAGCUUUUGACUACACGUGCGAGAGGCUCCGGCACAUCGACCUUCAGGCGUGCGAACACCUCUGGCUUGACCACCAGUCGCGAAAGCUGUAUGCUGCCUGCACAACUCCAGAGUCGCGCAGCGCGUGGAGCCCUGGCGGCAACAAGUACAACGUAUCAGGCAGGGCCGGCUCUGAUCACAUCGCUGUGCUGAACAUUGACCAGCCUGGGGCCGAUGGUUUAUAUGGCCUGAAAAAGGUGGAGGUGGCGGCAGGCUUCACCAGCACUUUGGAUCUGCAUGGAUUUGAUGCAAAGCGAAUUGAUGGCCGUCUCCGAUUUUGGAUCAUCAAUCACAAGCCACCAGUCAACCAAACCACUGGGGAGAUUAUUGUCGAUCCGAGCCUGGGUGCCAACUCAACCGUGGAAAUAUUCGACCUGAACCCCAAGUCAAACCAGCUGGAACAUGUCAAGACUGUGUUCGACCCGGCCAUCAUUGCACCCAACGGCGUGACCGUGGACAAAGACGGAGUAGGAUUCGCGGUGACGAAUGACCACAACUCCAAGGUUGGACGCUUCCGAGACUUGGAAAUCUUUACGGGCGGCGGGAGUAUUGUGCACUGCCGGUCUGAUACCGGGAAGUGCAGUUUUGCUGCUGUCCAAGAUAUGAAGUUCCCAAAUGGGAUCGUUAGAGGCAGCGAUGGGCUGUACUACGUUGCCCAUUCCGUAGGCGGCUUCGUGGCUGUUUAUAAGCUCUCCGGGGAAACUCUUUCCAAAGUUGAUCACAUCGAUGUGAAAAUGACCGUGGACAAUCUUUCGGUAGAUGAGGAGGGGAAUAUUCUGGUAGCUGCCUUCCCUGUGCCAUUGAAGGUUUCGGCAUCAAUGGAAGAACCAUACUCGGUUAAUGCUCCAGCCACGGCUGUGAUGCUUCAGAAACGACUGGAUUCUCAGUCACAAGAUCAGGGGACUGGGGCAUAUAAGAUUAUCAAGCUGAUUGAGGAUCGAGAUGCCAAAGUCCUCCCUACGACAACAAUCGUAGUUCGGGAUGCAAAGUCGGGAACGCUGUUUUUGUCUGGUGUGGCCUCGCCGUUCGUGGCUAUUUGCAAACCUCGGCCUUGA